AUGGUUCCCAAAAUCCAACUCAUUUUGUGCAUCCAUCACCACCACCACCAAACUCCUAUAGCCCUCAAAUUAGUAGCAGUAGUGAAAAAGUACCUGAAACACAAUUUGAAGGUAUGGUUGAUGAGCUUGAUGAGACUACUUUCCCUGCUAAAGGAGAUGGCCAGAAACCCAAAAAAACAACGCUUGAAAUGGUGCGAAAAUGACGAUAUAAUUCUUCUCCAGACAUGGCUCAACAUUUCAAAGGAUUCGGUAACAGGAACUGAUCAAAAGGCUGAAACCUUUUGGCGGAGGAUUGAACAUCAAUACAACAAGUACCGCAAAGUAGGUUCUCCUGAGAGGCAAUGGUCUCAACUGAAGUCUCGCUUUCAUACAUUGAGUAAAGCGGUCUCAACUUUUGUCGGUUGCUACAAGAAAGUUACCAACCCUCCGAAGAGCGGCUACUCUGAGAGAGAUAUCAUGGCUGAUGCAUGUUCAUUGUAUAAUGCAAUGGAAAAGACUAAAACAUUCAAUUUUGAGCAUGCAUGGCGGGUGUUGAAAGAUGAACCCAAGUGGAAAGGAGAAGCAAUGCCAAUCUAUUCUCAGCAGUCACAACAUUCUACUGAUGGGGUGCACACAUCAAUCGAUGGUUCAGAACAUGAGGUAGUACAAAUAUUUUCCCGUCCACCAGGUCAGAAAGAUAUGAAGGCAAAGGCAAAGGCUACAACAACUUCCAACAAUGAACAAAAGAUGGCAGAGGCGGAAUCUCUUGUCAAGGAAAAAGAGGAAAGGAUGGCAAGACUUGAGCGUUUAAAGAAGAAUGACCAGCUGAAGAUGUUAAAUGAUAUCCUUCUCCAAGACACAUCUAACAUGAAUGAGGAACAAUUAGCAGAUUUUAAGAACAUAUGUGUGUACACUAGGCGCCAGUUAGAGGACUUGUUUAAGGAAUAA